AGACAUCACAACAAAGUCAUUGCUGUUCAACAAUAUCAACAACAAACAUCAUCACCAACAAGUACACAUACCUAUGUGUCCAACAUCAACUUGAAUGAUCCUUUAGUGUUUUAUAACAACAAAAAACAAACAAACAAACAAAUAUUAUACAAUUACAAAGUAUCAACAUUAUUCAAUAUCAAACAUAUCAAAACCUACUACUAUCUAUUCAUUAUACAUAUAAUCUCAAUCGAUAAGAUU